AUGGCAGCCCGGGUUAUCCUUUCAUUGCUCUUCCUGCCUGUGGCAUUGGCUGAGAAAUGGGCUGUCAUUGCUGCUGGCUCCCAAGGCUUUAUGAACUAUCGUCAUCAGGCAGACGCUUGCCAUGCUUACCAGAUUAUGCUGAAGAGUGGCGUGCCAGCUGCAAACAUCAUCCUCAUGAUGCAGGAUGACGUGGCGAAGAGUUCGGAGAAUCCCUUCCCUGGACAGCUCUUCAACAAACCGGGCAAUGCAUCUCUGGAUGUCUACAAGGGUUGCAAGGUUGAUUACUCUGGGGACAUUGUCACAGCUCAGCUCUUUCUGGAUGUGCUCACUGGCAAGGGGAAGGGCAAGGAGGCAUGCGAGAGCGGUUCCAUGCUCCCAGAUCUGAAAGAUGAUGGCAAGAUUCUGGCUGUGACGGCUUCCAAUGGCAAGGAGUCGUCUUGGGGCACCUACUGUGGUGAUGAAGCCGUGGUCAAGGGCAAGAACAUUGGUUCCUGCCUGGGCGACCUGUUUUCAGUGAACUGGAUGGAGGAUGACGACCUGGGCAAAUUGGCAUCUGAGACCUUCCGCUCACAGAUUUCGAAGGUGACCAAACUCACCAACAAGAGCCAUGUUUGCAGCUUUGGUGACAAGUCUUUCGAGGAUGAGGCUAUCGGCCGAGUGGAAGGGGCCUUGAUCUCUGAUGUCUUCUCGGACUCCUCUAAGGGUGCGGUGGACGCACGUGACAUUUAUGUGACUCAAGCCUACUGGGCAUGGCAAAACGCGGCCGUGGAUCAGAAGGAGAAGGCUUGGGCUCGUUUUGUGGGCAUUGUGAACGAUCGCGAGAGGGAUGAUCAACUCUUUGCUACAAUGGGCCGACAAGCGUGUGGUUCCACCAAAGUGCAGUUGGACGAGUGCCAGCAGAGCAUUUUGGGAGACCGUGCUGAGAUGAAGGACAUGGACUGCCACAAGAAGUUGGCAACUCUUGUGCACGAGCACUGCCCUGUCUCUUCCAGCCAUCAUGCCACAGGCGGCUGGAAUGGCUACAACAUGAAGUUCUCCCAAGUGCUUCUGAACCUUUGUGAGCACCAAGAGGAACUUGGGCAGAGUGUGGAUCAGCUGGCCCAAAUUGUCGAAGAGGAAUGCAGCAAGGCCAUUUGCAGCAAAUAA